UCGUCGUAUUAGCUCAGUUGUGUUCGAUUAGUCGAAUCGGUCGUGAUGGAGCCACCGGAGUGUCCGGUGUGUCUACAGUCCUACGACGGAGAAUCCACCCUUCCGCGCGUGCUCUCCUGCGGCCACACGGCGUGCGAAGAAUGCCUAACGAACAUCCCCAAGAAGUUUCCGGACACAAUCCGAUGUCCGGCGUGCACCGUCCUCGUCAAUUUCCCACCUCAGGGACCCUCAGCUCUCCCCAAAAACAUCGAUCUCCUCAGACUCCUCCCUUCGACCUCAACCCUCGCGCCGCCGCCGGGAGAAUCCACCCGGAACUCUAAAAAACCCUCCUUCGAAUUCGUCGCUCGAUCGUGGCCCGACGACUUCUACGCCGCUUGGAAAGAUCGGGUUCUGCUUCUCGACGCAGUCUCCGUGGAGAGAGAAGAAGGUAGCGACUUUUCUUCUUCUUCUUCUUCUUCUUCUACGCGUCUGUGUGGGUGUCUGAAGAAGGGUGAUGAUUUAAAGGUUAGUCUUUUACGGGUUGGUUCGUUCCAGCGUCGUGAUGAUGGUUGUGAUUCUGUUUUCGAGUUUAGUUAUGUCCUGAGGAUGAUUAGUUGUCUUUGGGAGAUGGGAGAGGAGGAAAGAGACGAGCUUGAUGUGAUCAUGGGUGUUGUUGAACAGAGAGGUGUCUCUAAAGUUUUCGGCUUGUGGGGUGAUUUGGAGAAUGGGGUCUUGUAUUUGGUUGGUGAGAGGCUUGCUGACUUUUCGUGGGAGGAGUUUGAGGAUAUCGGUGAAGAUGAUGAUGCGUUGUGUUUAUUAGCAGUGAUGGGUAUGCAGUUAUGCGAGGCAUUUCUCAGUUUGCAUAAGGAAGGGGUAAGCGUAGGGUGUUUGAGCGUUUCUUGUGUGAAGUUUGACGAGUUUGGGAAUGUUUUUGUUGAUUUGAUCGAGUUGCUGGAAACUGGAAGGGAAGUGUAUGGACUAGUAUCUGAAGAAACUAGCUCGUGCGGCAAACCUGUUGGUGCUUUUGAAAUGGGAUUGGUUUUGAAGAGAUUAGUGAAGAAUGGUGUUUUCAUGAGCUUUGAGGUAUUGUUUGAACUGUUGAGAAAGCAGAACUUGUUGAUGACACAGUCCAGCUCAGGAUGUAUGGUUUCUUAUAGCUCCGAUGUCUGGCCAGUUUGUUUUCUUCUCAUCAUGCUUAUUGGUGGAAAACGGUUUUCUGAGGAGCUGACAGAAAGUGUAAGUGGUGUGGAUGCAAAAGAAUGUGAAAAGGAAAUUGAGGAUCUCUUGGUGUUGUACACAUGUCUUAUUGAGAAACUAAAUUCUACUCUGGAAUCUAAACUUAGUGGGAAGUUUAAACCGAUGGUUGAAAUUCUCCGCCAGUGUUGCUGUCUUGAUCCUCAGGCACGUCCAGUUUUAACUGAUCUGUGGAAAUGCAACAGGGGGAUGGUCAUGAAUCAUAGGUUCAGUUCUAUGUUUGCAUUGGAAAAGAAGAAACCUGGGAAAAGGAAAGAGUUUUGUCUAGUCCUAGGUGAGUUAUGCCGCCUGGUAGUAGUGGGAUCCAGAGAAGUAGAAGAAGACUUGCCAGAGGAAGGAGAGGUUGACAAGGAUUUUGUUGGGAAACUCUCACAAGGUAAAAUAAAAUCUCAGGACCUGCAAGGACACCAAGACAGUGUCACAGGUUUAGCAGUUGGAGAUGACUUUCUGUUCAGCUCUUCGCUUGAUAAAAAUAUACAUGUAUGGACUCUGAAGGAUUUCUCUCAUGUGCAUACAUUUAAAGGUCAUCAGGAUAAAGUAAUGGCUUUGAUAUACAUCAAGGGAGCAGAAUCAGUGUGUGUCAGCGGCGAUGGUGGAGGAGGUAUAUUUGUAUGGAGCACAAGUUUCCCUCUGGAAGAACAGCCGCUAAGAAAGUGGUACGAGCCAAAAGACUGGCGAUAUUCUGGCAUUCAUGCCUUGGCAUACUCAGAAGAUGGGUAUGUGUACAGUGGCAGUGGAGAUAACACUAUCAAAGCUUGGUCAUUACAAGACGGAAGGCUUGUUUGCACAAUGACUGGUCAUAAAUCUGUAGUAUCAACGCUUGUUGUGCUAAAUGGAGUACUAUACAGUGGAAGUUGGGAUGGGACUGUUCGGUUGUGGAGUCUAAGUGACCACAGUUUUUUGACGGUGUUGGGGGAAGAGACUCAAGGUAUUGUAAGAUCUAUUCUGUCUCUUGCUGCGGAUGAAGGUACCUUAGUGGCAGCUUAUCAGAACGGAGACAUACAGAUAUGGAGGGAUGAGACAUCGAUGAAGUCUAUGCAAAUACAGAGCAGUGCAAUUCUCAGUGUUGCCCUGAACGGUAAAUGGCUAUUCACUGGAGGUUGGGACAAAACUGUCAAUAUCCAGGAAGUAUCUGGAGAUGAGAUAUCGCUAGACUGUACUCACGUGGGAUCGAUCCCAGGUUCUUCAGUCGUCACAUCUUUGUUAUAUUGGGAAGGCAAGCUCUUUGCAGGGUUUGCGGAUAAAACCAUCAAGGUAUAUUACAGUGGACGUUAACAAAAACUACAGUUCCUCAUCUUGUUCAUGAAGGCUACCUUCUGGUGAGAAGAUGUGUAUAUCUGAACAAAAUCGCGUGUAUAUAUAUAUGAAUCUCUUGUCACAUUUGUUGAUAUACAAAAUAUAUGUAAAUCGAAGUUUUCUUAUUUCUUUGAGAA